AGAAGAGAAGCCGCCAUUUUUGUCUUACUCUCUGUAUCAGCUAGGCUCCGAGCAGCAGAGAAGACGAAGGGAUUCUCAACGACCCCUCCUCUCUCUCUCUCUCUCUCGGUGAUGGAAGAUGGCUCCAUCCUCUCUCCUCCUCCACUUCUCGCAGCGCCGCCUCUCCCACUCCACCCGCGGCGGCUUCUUCUUCGUGCCCACCACCUUGGCCCUCCUCACCUCCCUCCUCAUCCUUUUCUAUCUCUUCACCACCUCCAACAUCUUCUUCCUCCACUACCGCCACCAACAUCGCCAGCCCAGCCUCCCCGUGGAAAAGCCCGGGCUUCCAUCCUCCGGUGGCAGCCGAACCCCUCCGGUCACCGGCCGGUCCUUCCCGGUCUCCCUCGAUGGGGCGGCUGGGAGCUCGCCGGUUGAGAAGUCGCCCGGAGUUGGCGGCCCCCCCGUGGCUGGAGAGAGCGGUGAUCGCGGAGUCAACGCGGGUCAGCACGGGUCGGGAGAUCGGAUUAAGCCCAGAGGCGACCAUGUGAAUAGCAACGACGUGUACCAUAACAGAGAUGUCUUCGAGAAAGACUAUAGAGAAAUGAAUAGGAGCUUUAAGAUAUAUGUUUAUCCUCACAGGCGGGACGAUCCCUUCGCUAAUGUUCUCCUGCCGGUGGAUUUCGAGCCCGGUGGUAACUACGCGAGUGAAAGUUACUUCAAGAAGAGCCUCAUGAAUAGCCACUUCAUCACGAAGGACCCGACCGAGGCAGAUUUGUUCUUUAUGCCCUUCUCCAUCACAAGGUUGCGACAUGACCCGAGAGUUGGUGUUGCUGGCAUCCAGGAUUAUAUACGGGAUUAUGUUGCGAACAUUACUCGGAGAUAUCCUUACUGGAAUCGGACUGGCGGGGCCGAUCACUUUUAUGUCGCUUGUCACUCCAUUGGUCGGUCCGCCAUGGAGAAAGCAAGUGAGGUGAAGAUGAAUGCCAUCCAAGUUGUGUGCUCUUCGAGCUAUUUCCUGCAGGGAUAUGUAACUCACAAGGAUGCAUCUCUGCCUCAAGUUUGGCCAAGACAGGGGGAUCCUCCGAAUAUCAUGUCGUCUAAAAGGAACAAACUUGCAUUCUUUGCUGGGGCAAUUAACUCCCCUGUCCGGAAAAAGCUUGUCAAAGCAUGGAGAAAUGACUCUGAGAUAUUUGCUCACUAUGGCCGACUCACCACGCGAUAUUCUGAUGAGCUUCUCGGGAGUAAAUUUUGCCUCCAUGUCAAAGGCUUUGAAGUAAACACAGCCCGCAUUGCAGAUUCGUUGUAUUAUGGAUGUGUCCCUGUGAUAAUUGCCAAUCAUUACGAUCUCCCAUUCGCUGACAUAUUGAACUGGACGAGUUUCUCGGUCGUGGUUACCACUUCAGACAUUCCGUUGCUUAAGAGAAUCCUCAAGGAAGUGAGCAGCGACAAGUUCUCGAUGUUCCAAAGCAAUGUAAUGAAGGCCCGGAAACAUUUUCAGUGGCAUCCAUCCCCGGUCGAUUAUGACGCCUUAUGCACGGUCAUGUAUGAGCUGUGGCUUCGAAGAAGUAUUGUCAGAGUGCCACUAACUGCUUCCUUUGGUUCCAAUUGAUUCUUGUACAAUUUGCUGUUCCGCAUAUUGGGAUACCACACUGGCGCUGCGCAUUUGUAGAGUUCCACAGUUGAUAUAAGUAAUUACAUGCUAAGGAAGUAAAAAUUGGUGUUUGAGACAAACGGUCGGGAUAGGAACUGCAACUGUUCUGUUACAUUCUACACGAAUGAGGAGAUAUUUCAUAUUUGGCUCA